AUGGGGACUCUAGUUGAUGAACACCAGAUGGCUUUCCUGAAAGGUAGACAGAUUAUGGAUGCAACCCUUCUAGCAAAUGAGUUGGUAGACUCGAGGGUGAAGCAGAUGUUACAAGGAGUGUUAUGCAAGCUUGACAUUGAGAAGGAUUACGACCACGUAAAUUGGGCUUUCCUUCUCAAAAUAUUGAGAGAUAUGGGGUUUGGCAACAAAUGGGUUAACUGGAUCGGAUUUUGUAUUUCCACUGUGAAAUUUUCACUCAUAACAAUGGCAGUCCGGAAGGCUUUUUCCAAUCACAGAGAGGCUUGA